AUAUUCGCUCAACUAUCUGUUAGACUAAGCUCACUAUUGAGACACAGACAUAUAAGUCAAAGGUUCAUAUCGCGACUGGUAUCAAAAGUUUCGAUGUCUACGAUGACCAGUUCCUCGUCAGACUGCUACGCUCCAGCACGAUCACUCUGGUUAAACAACCAACUUCCCCCAGACUUAUUGACGAACUUAAAGCUCAGUGAAAAUCCUGAUCCUGCUGUAGACUCAUCUUUCAGGAUUGGUAGUGUUUCCCAGACAUCAAUCGGUUUGUCUGCUCUAGCUGCCGCGUACUUUCACACUCUACGGACAGGAGUAGAACAAGAGGUUAGCGUAGAUGCUAGGCAUGCUACUCUAGAGUUUAAGAGUGAAAUGUGGUACACUGUGGAAGGCAAGCUGAGUGGUUCUGGCUCGCUUUGGGAUCCAAUUGCAGGACUUUACAAAACUGGAGACGGCACCUGGGUUAGAGUGCAUACUAAUUUCCCCCACCACCGCCAAGGUAUCCUCGAUAUCCUUGGGUGUGAGGCAACCCGAGAAUCUGUUCAGAGUGCUCUGCUCAAUUGGAAUGCAGUGGAAUUCGAGAAAGAAGCUGCAUCUCGCAACAUGUGUGCUACUGCCCUUCGAUCCUUUGACCAGUGGGAUAAGCACCCGCAAGCCUUAGCAUUGGCGAAUAUGCCCCCUGUCUAUCUGGUUAAAAUCGGAGAAGCACCAAAGAGAGAAAUUAAGGGUGACUUUCAGUGUCCCCUUGAUGGCAUACGAGUCCUGGAUUUGACUCGUGUGCUUGCUGGUCCGACAUGCGGCCGUACGCUGGCAGCCCAUGGAGCAGACGUGCUGCUUGUUACGUCGGCAAAUCUUCCUGACUUGCCUCAGCUUGACAUUGACACGUCACGAGGAAAACGGACUACUCAGUUGGAUCUGGCACUGCCUUCAGACCGAGAAAAGCUGAUAUCUCUCACCAAAGAUGCUGACGUCUUUUUGCAGGGUUAUCGACCAAAUGGUCUUCGAGAAAAGGGUUUUGGACCAGAAGAUCUCGCACAAGCGCGUCCUGGCAUUGUGUGCGCAAAUCUGUGCGCAUAUGGUUGGGAAGGCCCUUGGAAAGAUCGCCGUGGUUUCGAUUCUUUAGUCCAAACCGCCACAGGAUUCAAUGUCGCCGAAGGUCGAGCUUAUGCGAAUUAUAUGAACGAAGAACAAGUAUUACCUAGGCCCCUACCCAUGCAAGCCAUAGACCACGCAUCAGGGUAUCUCCUUGCGUUCGGCAUCAAUGCUGCUUUAUGCAAGACAGUCACGGAAGGAGGCUCAUGGGAAGUUCGAGUUUCUCUUGCCUCCGUUGGGCAAUGGAUUCGUUCUUUAGGCUUAAUUGACGCAAAAACUGCUUUUGGUCAAGGGCCUCCUAUACCUCCUCGAACGUUACCACAACACCCGGAGAUAGCUGAUCUUGCUGUGACUUUCCAAGAGUCUGUCGGUGAUAAGAACGAAGCGUCUGAACCACGAAGAACAAUGACAGCUGUCAGACAUGCCGCUAUACUUUCCAAGACACCCGUCAAGGAAAACGAGGCUCCGAUGGGGCUUGAUCGAAACACGCCUACGUGGCUUUGAGUUUGUGUUUUCGGGUUGAUAUUCUGUUGGGCCACUGUCUCAACCCUUUCGAAUGGGAUGUUCAAGUUGGUUAGGUCCUCGGUUGCAGUAAUUUUGUCAUAUUUGAAUAAAGAAACGCAAUUUGAUUUUCUUU